CGUGAAGUCAGGGAAGACUACAAUCGCCGCCGGCGCAUUGCUUCCUCAUGAGAUCAUACAGUCUUUGGGAUAUCGAUAUCGAUAUGGAGAUGAAGAUGAAGAUGAAGAUGGUGAUGAGGUGGCAGAGCUUCAGUGGAACAGAAUGAACUCCUUGAUGAAGAGGAAUUUGGGGAGGCUGCAGAAUCCAGGACCUUCGAUGAAGAUUCAACAAAUCCAGCAAAGGAACUUGGCCUUUUGGAGGAAAACCCGGAGACAAGUAUGUUCUUGAUCCAUUUACCAGCAGCUUUGCCAGCGAUUAAAGGAUCAGCUUCUUCUGGAGGCCAAGCUGACAGUGAGAGCUCUUCUAAACCUCAAGGAUCCAUGAAAAAAGUGAAUCCCUGUAAGUUCAAUGAACUACCACCUGGCUUCAUGGGCAAAAUGCUUGUAUACAAGAGUGGUGCUAUCAAGCUGAAGCUUGGCGAUACUCUUUAUGAUGUUUCCCCCGGUUCAAAUUGUACAUUUGCUCAAGAUGUUGCUGUUAUGAAUACUGCUGAAAAACAUUGUUGCGCAAUUGGGGAGAUCAGCAGGCGUGUCAUUGUAACUCCAGAUAUAGAUGACAUGAUUAUGUGGCUCUUUGGGUGAAGCCUCCUAUUGGUAAGGUGAAGCUGAAUUGUAAUACAAAUCUAUCCCUGGGUGCCUUGAUUAUAUAAACACCACCAAGCAUGAUCCGGUUGAUACUCCAAUAACCUCACACCUUCUAACAGCUGUUGCAAUUGAUGUGAUGAAUCAUCGCUUUAUUCAUAUGCUAAACCUUAAGACACUUUAUGAUGGCCAUUACCAAUUCCUAAGCUUCAGACUUUUCUCCAUGCUUAACACUCCAACAAUAGAUAUUACCUGUUGAUCAUGGGCUUCAAUUCAAUAUAUAGG